AUGGCUGCUAGCAAACCAAACAAGCCCCCAACCUCUGGGAUUUCGACUGCUAGCUUCUAUAGUAGCAGAGCCCUGCAGGGCACACGUGCAGAGAAGGACAGGAGGGUGUACAGAAUCGUAGAGGAACUACCAUCUGUGUCCAGCGAUGAUGAUGAUUGCGUGAGCGAUGAAGAUUGGCUACCACCAGGAAAACAAUCAAAGACAAAUAAUACAGUUGAUGACAGUGAAUCGGAGCCCGAGGAAGAUGAUGGAGCACUGGAUGCUGAGGAGGAAGCGGAUUCAACACUUGAUGAACCCCCAGAACCACCAUUGAGUGCUAAAGCAAAAACGAAAACACCACAAGAACCACCACUGAGUGCUAAAGCCCCGAAAAGAAAAUAUGUGUGGAAACACAAAGAUGCUCCAUGGGAGGGAAGAUGGCCAGCCUUUUCUGGAGAAUGGACUGUAAACGUCCAUGCAACAGAGCCAGUCGAGUUUUUCAUGCACCUGUUCCCAGAAGAGCUGAUAGAGCACAUAGUACUCCACACAAAUCUUUAUGCACUCCAGAAGGGAAAGGAGAACCUGGCAUUGACAAACCCAGAGCUGAAAACAUUUCUUGGAAUAAAUCUGGCAAUCUCAUACAUCCGCUACCCAAAGACCAGAAUGUACUGGUCCUCUGAGCAAGGGCUUCGAUGUGAUAUGAUCGCCAAUGCAAUGUCUGUUAACCGCUUCGAGCAAAUCCUGAGGUAUCUUCAUUUUGCCGAUAAUGCCACACAACAGCCAGGAGAAGACAAGCUGGUCAAAAUCAGACCUGUACUGGAUACUCUUCAGAAGACCUUCCUCUCUGCAGUAGAUCCCGAAGAGUGCCAGUCUAUUGAUGAGAUGAUCAUUCCGUUCAAGGGACAGUUGUCCAUUAAACAGUACAUCCCCAAGAAACCAAAACCCUGGGGUGUGAAAGUCUGGGUGAGAGCUGGUGGCUCUUCUGGAUACGUGUACCGCUUUGAAGUGUAUCAGGGUGCAGCCAUAAAUGUUGGGAUCAGCCAACUGGGAUUAGCUGCAGAUGUCAUCUUACGCCUCUGUGAUGACAUACAGCACAAGAACCACAAGGUGUUUUUUGACAAUUUCUUUUGCACCAUUCAGCUCAUUGCCCUUUUGAAGCAACAGGGCAUCUAUUCCACUGGCACAUGCAGAACCAACAGGCUACAGGGAGCACAAGAGAAACUCAAGAAUAUAGCCCAGAGAUGGAGCAAGAAAGAGAAAAAGGUGCUCAACAUCAAAAGGCCAUUCUCAGUGAAGGUGUACAACGAGUUUAUGGGAGGGGUAGACCAGAUGGAUCAGAUGGUGGCCAUGUAUCCCCACAGACGGAAGAACAAACGGUGGUACAUCCGAAUCUUCUUCCACUUCCUGGAUGUCACUGUUGUGAAUGCCUGGCACCUCCUCAGAAUGUCCGGCUUGGAGCAGAAUGGUCUUCUGUCAUUCAAAGCAUCAGUGGCCCGUGCAUUGAUAAAUGCAGGCUCCAUCCAGAUCCGGAAAAGGGGAAGACCAAGUGAGAACUCCCCACCUCCACUUCCUGUGAAGCGCAAAGUUGUCUCCAAGGUGCCACCUGAGUUGUCUCAGAAGUGUCUUGACAAAAGAAGGCAGCAUGUUGAACAUUGGCACACAUCAAAGAGGAGCUGUAGAAAACUCAGGCUCGUGAGCGUGGAUCAGUGGGGCGGACGAUGGAGCAACGAGGGCUUUCUGCAGAAGAAGCUGUUGGAGAUGCUGACUCUAUUAGAGUUUCGUCUGGAUCCUACGUUGAGAGGCGAGGGGAUGUGGAGGGUGUGGAAAAAGGAAGUGAAAAAGGAGGAGCAGGCUUUAGGAAGUGAAAGAAGAGAAGACAUCCUCAUGUUGUUUUGUGUUUCCUGA